AUGGCGGCGUCAGCGACGGUUACUGACGACUCCCUGUACCCCAUUGCCGUCCUGAUCGACGAGCUGCGAAAUGAGGACGUUCAGCUCCGUCUCAACAGUAUCAAGAAGCUGUCCACCAUUGCUCUGGCUCUGGGGAUGGAGCGGACACGGAGUGAGCUUCUCCCAUUCCUGACAGAUACCAUAUACGAUGAGGAUGAAGUUCUACUGGCCUUGGCUGAACAACUUGGGUCCUUCACUCCCCUUGUAGGAGGCCCAACACAUGUCAACUGUUUGUUGCCUCCCCUCGAGAGCCUGGCCACUGUGGAGGAGACAGUGGUACGGGACAAAGCAGUGGAGUCCCUGCGGACCAUCUCCAAGGAGCAUUCCUCGUCUGAUCUGGAGCGGUACUUUGUGCCGCUGGUGAAACGGCUGGCCAGCGGUGAUUGGUUCACCUCCCGGACAUCAGCCUGUGGCCUCUUCAGUGUGUGUUACCAGCGUGUCUCCAACCCAGUCAAGGCAGAGCUGAGGCUGAACUUUAAGAACCUGUGCACAGACGACACUCCCAUGGUGCGCCGAGCAGCUGCUUCCAAGCUGGGCGAGUUUGCCAAGGUCCUGGAGCUGGAGCACCUGAAGAAUGAGAUUAUCCCAAUGUUCACCACGCUGGCCUCUGACGAGCAGGACUCUGUGCGGCUGCUAGCGGUGGAAGCCUGUGUCAGCAUUGCUCAGCUGCUGAAACGUGAAGAGGUGGAGAAGCUGGUGAUGCCCACCCUGCGCCAAGCGGUGGAGGACAAAUCCUGGCGCGUGCGUUACAUGGUGGCAGACAAGUUUACUGAGUUGCAGAAAGCCGUCGGGCCAGAGAUUACCAAAAAGGACCUGGUGCCAGCCUUCCAGAACCUGCUGAAAGACUGUGAAGCAGAGGUGCGGGCAUCCGCUGCAAGCAAGAUCAAAGAUUUCUGUGAGAAUCUACCUACAGAGGGACAGCAGCAGAUUAUAAUGACACAUAUUCUGCCCACUAUUAAAGACAUGGUAUCGGACGCGAAUGAGCAUGUGAAGUCUGCUCUAGCUGCUGUUAUUAUGGGCUUGUCACCGAUGCUGGGGAAGGAGAACACCAUCGAACAUCUCCUGCCCCUCUUCCUCGCACAGCUGAAAGAUGAUUGCCCAGAGGUCCGACUGAACAUCAUUUCCAAUCUGGACUGUGUGAACGAGGUGAUUGGCAUCAGGCAGCUGUCACAGUCUCUGCUCCCUGCCAUCGUUGAACUGGCAGAAGAUGCCAAAUGGCGGGUGCGAUUGGCCAUCAUUGAGUACAUGCCUCUGUUGGCAGGCCAGCUAGGUGUUGAAUUCUUCAAUGAGAAACUGAACUCCCUCUGCAUGGCGUGGCUGGUGGAUCAUGUCUACGCCAUUCGCGAAGCAGCCACCAACAAUCUGAAGAAGCUCACCCAGAAGUUCGGCAAGGUCUGGGCUCAGAACACUAUCCUCCCCAAGGUGCUGGCUAUGUCAGCCAAUCCCAACUACCUCCACCGGAUGACCACACUCUUCUGCGUCAAUGCUCUGUACGAAGUCUGCGGGAAGGACAUCACCACCAAGAUAAUGCUGCCCACCGUCCUGCGGAUGGGGAGUGAUGCUGUGGCCAAUGUGCGCUUCAAUGUCGCCAAGACACUACAGAAGAUCGGGUCCACCCUGGAUUACAGCCCGUUGCAUAACGAAGUGAAGCCGGUGCUCGAUAAACUGAGCAAGGAUCAAGACAUCGAUGUGAAGUACUUUGCCCAGGAAGCAUUAAUCGUGCUGUGCCUGAAUUAAUGCGGGGUCGAUCCACAGUCAUUGCCUUCCCAGUUUCCGUACCGGAGCAGAGUGGCUUCUCCUCCACACGGGCAGGCAGGAAGGAAGGAAAGAACACUCAAAGAGAUUCAUCUCUUAGCCAGAGGCCUAAAGUGGUCAGUUUAUCAUCUCGUUGCAACUACUGCCUUGCCCACCAUUGUUACCUCUCGUUUCCCUCCCCUUCCCUUGCUCCACUGUCCUGUUUCCCUUGAAGCCUGCAGUUUACAAC